AUGAAUGCAGAUCGAAAACCGUUUGCACUUGCCAUCGUUGUGGGCGUGUCCAAAUUCACGAAUCUUGAUGUCGUCACCGUUUUGCUCAAAGUUGCUUCUCGUCUAGCUUUUCGCGCUGCUUUCCUUGCUAUACUCGUUGUUGACCAGCAGUUCAGACACGAAGCCAAUCCUGAGCUCUCUUGCGUAUCCCAGCUUGGGAAGUCUCACCAUCCAGAUGAAUCCUUUCUGGAUAAGCGACUUGUAACAAUUGAUCGACUGGAGAAGCAGAUUCUGAGCGCUGAAAUGGUCAAGAUCGCCACGCGUGGAUUCACGCUACCAGUCACAUUUGGCGAUCCGUCGGUGAAGGUCUCCCUCCACAAGCAUAUGGAAACGGUUCGGUCGCGCGCACUUUACUUGCCUGAUAAUAACGAUAGUAUUCCGCCUCUGCGAACGGCCAUUGGUCGAUCCAAGACGCUCAGUUCGCGGUAA